GCGCCGGCGGCUCCUCCUCUGCUCACCUCAGCUCACCCCCCGCAUGCCGGCGGUGCCGGGGGCGCUGUGGAGCGGGGCACGGGGCCGCCCGCCAUGGCCGAAGCAGGAGCGGGAAGCGCCGAGGGCGCCGAGGAGGAGCGGCGGGCGGCGGAAGAGAAGUUCUCCGUGGAUGGGAGCCCAUGUGUUGCCUGUGGAGGGCCCAGCCUCAUGAACCCAGUCACUAAACCUGCCACCACCACUUCUUUCAAUGCUGCUAUGCCUGACAUUCCGAGGAAACGAAAGGGGAGUGAUUCUGAUAACCAGGAUACAGUUGAAGUUGAUGGUGAUCCUCAGAAAAGGAGUGAAGAUGAAGAACAUGUUAAAGUAAAAGAUUUCAGAGAGGCUCACAGUCAAACAGAGAAAAGAAGAAGAGACAAAAUGAAUAACUUGAUAGAGGAAUUGUCUGCCAUGAUACCACAGUGCAAUCCCAUGGCCCGAAAGCUGGACAAACUCACAGUGCUGAGGAUGGCUGUGCAGCACUUGAAAUCUUUGAAAGGUUCCAGUAGCUCCUACUCAGAAGUCCGGUAUAAACCUUCAUUUUUGAAGGAUGAUGAGCUGCGACAGUUAAUCCUUAGGGCUGCAGAUGGAUUCCUGUUUGUGGUUGGAUGCAACAGAGGAAAAAUUCUGUUUGUCUCUGAAUCAGUAUGCAAAAUACUUAAUUAUGAUCAGGCCAGUUUAAUUGGACAGAGUUUAUUUGAUUACUUACAUCCAAAAGACGUUGCAAAAGUUAAAGAACAACUUUCUUCAUCGGACAUCUCACCCAGGGAGAAGCUUGUAGAUGGCAAAACUGGCUUGCAAGUACACACAGAUUUCCAAGCUGGACCAGCUCGGCUGAACUCUGGUGCUCGACGUUCCUUCUUCUGUCGGAUAAAGUGUAGCAGGACCACAGUCAAAGAGGAGAAGGAGUGUUUGCCCAACCCAAAGAAGAAAGAUCACAGAAAAUACUGCACCAUUCACUGUACUGGGUAUUUGAAGAACUGGCCUCCUAAUGAGGUGGGAGUAGAAGAGGAAAAUGAUGUAGAAAAGGACAGUAAUAACUUUAACUGUCUUGUUGCAAUUGGGAGGUUACACCCUUAUAUUGUUCCACAAAAGAGUGGAGAGAUAAAAGUCAAAGCAACAGAAUUUGUUACACGAUUUGCCAUGGAUGGAAAAUUUGUUUAUGUAGAUCAGCGUGCAACAGCAAUUUUAGGGUAUCUGCCACAAGAGCUUCUAGGAACUUCUUGUUAUGAGUACUGCCAUCAAGAUGAUCACAAUCACCUAGCUGAGAAACACAAAGAAGUGUUGCAGAAUAAAGAAAAAGUAUUUACAAAUUCCUACAAAUUUAGAGCAAAAGAUGGAACUUUUGUUACUUUAAAGAGUCAGUGGUUUAGUUUCAUGAAUCCUUGGACCAAAGAGCUGGAGUACAUUGUAUCAAACAACACUGUGGUAUUAGGUCAUAAGGAAUCAGCUGAAGAAGAGGUCCUCUACAGUUCCCAACCUGCAGAAGAUGCUGUAAAACAAUCUUUAGUAAGUGUACCUGGAAUGUCCUCUGGAACAGUUCUUGGUGCUGGAAGUAUAGGAACCAAAAUUGCAAAUGAAAUACUAGAAUUGCAAAGGUUGCAUUCUUCACCCUCUGGAGAGUUAAGUCCAUCACAUCUCCUCAGAAAGUCACCUUCUCCAGCUUUAACUAUAAACUGCAGCGAUGUGCCAAAUAAAGAGUUGAUUCAGUUAUGUCCUUCAGAAACAGAAGCUCUAGAGAAUUCAGAACAAACCCAGGGUGCUAUUCCAUUUCCCAGUAAUGAACCUCUCCUCAGUGGCAAUACUCAGCUGGACUUCGAUGCCAUCUGUGGGAACGACGACACUGCAAUGACAGCUCUGAUGAAUUACCUGGAGGCUGACGGAGGCCUGGGGGACCCAGCUGACCUCAGUGAUAUCCAGUGGGCUCUCUAGAGCUGCUGCUGGGAGUAAGCAAUGUCAGAAACCCCUCAUGCACAACAACCCUACAUCCUCAGUACUGUACUGGAGUUUUGUAAUGGUUCCUUUGAAUUCAGACUCGCUGUCUCUGGAUUUUUAAAGACUGAAGCCUUGUUCAGAGAGAGACAUCUUCUGCUGCACCUAUGGACAAAUGCAAUAUUUUUUUCAUGAUGAGGAAUCCUUGAAAUUUUAAUAUUGAACCAUGUGUAACUGGAAUGCUUAGAACACAUUAGUAUAUUUUUGCUAAGAAGCUUUAACCAAAAGGUACUGUACAAUGUACAGGAUUACUUUUUCUUAGUUUUAAUACUUCAAACUUUUAUUUAUUGUUUUUGUUUCAAGUUUCAGAAUAUUGCUUAUCUAUGAUACUUUCUGUAGAACCUACUGUACCUACAUGGUUUGAGAAUACUUGUAACUAUUAAAUUUAACUGAAAUAAUUAUUUGCACACACUACAGUUGUAAGAUAAGGUAUUGUAAUUCUCAAAUGAUGCAGUUUGUGAUUCCUUGCACUUCUCAGCAGUGCAAUUUUUGCAGUCAAAGGUGAAAAUGAAGCCUAUCGUUCUGGGAGCAAGGAUUGGGGUUGGAUCACCCUAAUAAACAGAAGAGAGUGUUUUGAGAAAAACACUCAUUUCCCCAGUACAGGGUGUAAGAAAAGAGCAACAAACUCUUAAUUACUGUUUUGUAUUAUUUGUAAUGUAUUAUUAGAGAGGCAGUGCAUACAACCAGAGGAAAAUAAUGCUCUAUUUGUAAUAAAGCACUUUGGUCUUGUCCCAGGUUCUUUACUAACUAGAGAAAUUUGAAUGGGUAGUCUUGGCUCCAGAGUGAGGCUUGCACUGUGUUGGUGAAAAAGUGUUAAAAUUCUAGAGCAUUUUUAUGUUUUUGGAGAGAUUGGGAGAAUUUUCUACUGCUCGAGUGUGUGACUUUUUAAAAUCUCUCUGUACUAUAGCUGUGUAAGCAAAUGCUAUGCAGGAUGAUCUUUUGGGAACAGCUUUUGCAAGGAUUGUAUCCCAGUUACAGCAACUUACUCAAGAACAUGGCACUUUAGAGGUUGCAUUAGAACAACAUAGCACUAAUAUAGCAAGAGGAACUUUUUAUUUCUGGUAUUGAAGGUUUAAACAAAUUUUUGCAUAGAUAAUAUAUCAUAAAAUACAGAUUUUUUUUCAUGUUCAUGUUUGGGUUUGUUUUGUUUUGUUUUUUUUUUUUUAAUUCAGGUAAUGAAAGGAAAGCAUUUGAAGAUAUCUGAUACAUGUGCAUCUUUUUAAUACAGACAUUUAAACGUAGGUACAACCCUAACCUCUCUCCAGGUGAGGAUGGAAGCCCUGGCUGGUGUUUUUAGGAAGGCUGGAGUUGGGAACACAUGGAUGUAGCCAUCACUAGAUGUCACCCUUGUGCUGCUGGGGAGCCACCCUGUCCUCUGAGGACACAUCUGGACAUGAGGUGGCUGCCUCUGCUUGGCAGAGCAGCUCUGUAUCUUAUAGAUAAUAUGACUCCUUUUGUAAACCAUGCAUUUUUGGUGAUGGUGAUUUGCUAGAAUGGCUUCUUGGGUUGAUUUUUCUUUUUCUUAACUCCAUAGACAUUUUUUUUUGCCUUUAAUUUGGAUGGCAUUUCCUGCAUUGAAAUCUCUUUUUUACAGACAUGGGGCCAAAAUCAUCAGUUCUCUUGCUUUAUUAGAAUAAACUUUUCUGCUUUUUCUGAAUUUUGGGCUAUAUCAUGAAGCAAAGGGAGAGAAAUAAACAGGCACUUUCUAAGAACUGAUAGAAAUCUAUUUGUGUAAAUGAAAUUUGAGAAUUUGAGAUCCUGCCAUUGUAAAAUGCAUUUUCUCUUUUCUAUUCUAGAAUAAAUUCUAAAUAAACCAGCAAAUACUGUAGCCCAUAGAUAAAUGACUACAUAAAUAACUUAAAAUUACAUGGACAUUAUUGGAACAGUUUUUUAAAAUGGAUUAGUUUGGAAAUGGGGUAGCUGUUAUUACUGCAGGAGCAGAUCAAUUCUUUCACAAGAUUUGUUUAAGUGUCUAGACUCAAACUACUAUUUUUGGGUUCUUGGCUGUCCCUAAAAAAUAAAACCAAAAAUGUAACUGAUUCUUUUGCAGUCAGUGAAAAAUAUUGUGAAUUUCAAUCCAUUUAUUAGAUUCUCCCUUUACUAUUUGUAAUUUUUUUCUGGCUUAAAGCAGCCUUUUCAAGAAAAAAAUGUCACUUGUAAAUAUUCCUGGUGAAAUUAAUAGAUAUUUUUGAAUACAAUUGAGAUAGUAUGUGCUUAUCUUUGUUUGUAUAACAACACAAUUCUAGUAAGAUACUGACAGUUUGUUCCUGGCAUGGUGCAGGUAAUGGUAGGAUGUGGUUAAACCAGGUCAAUAAAUACUAUUUUGAUGCCCUGC